GCCAGCUUUGCAGAAGCAAGAAAGCCCCAGCAGGAUCAGAUAGAGGAGAAAGUUUCUGUCACUGAAGGAGAAGGUGGAGACAAUUUCUGCAUCACACAGAGCUGACAAACACUUUCCUGAUUUAUAUAUGGACUCUGUCUAAUUCUUUUUGGACUUGGACUGAAGUGAAGAUUGCUCCUGUCAACAAUUUUGAACCCUGGACCCUACUGGUUCUUCACUGGACUUUAUUUUGGACUGUACUGGACUCAGCUGGACUUUCUAGGAGAUUUCAUUGGACUGCAAUGCUUUAUAUUAGUUUUCUAUAUAUAUAGCUUUAUAUAAGAUCUGGUGAAAUCUGUUUUACUAUGGCAGCAGAGCUAACAGACUGCUGAUGAAUGGAUCAAUUCUGCACUGUAGGGCAAUCUGUCUAAAGGCUUAGGCAAUCUAGGACAAAUUAAGUUAAUCCAAUGUCAGUUUUGGAUUUAUCUGCCUCAGAUUACUUUGAGUAACAGGUCAAUUAGACCAUAUAAUUUAUUUAAACACACUAACAGGAUUGAGCUUGUUUGGUAAGUGACAGUUUGUUAAAUUAACUGAAGCGAGUGAAGCAAGUUAUUUUCCUUCCUCAGACUAUUUAUUUUGGCUGUUAGGUUGGGGUACUUAUUUGAAUGUUGGCCUAUUUUUAACCUCAUGUCUUGGUGGAGGAUGCAAAAGACCAUCAGGAGCAGUAGCCGCUGCAGCAACAUGAGUCUCCUGUGUGUUCUGUGGCUGCUGAUGGUCUGUCUGGCUCCUGGAAGCCAAGGCCAGAGGCUGAGGGAAUCGGAGGGCGAGCAGCCAGCAGGCAGGGCUCAACUGGCGGAGAAAGAUGCACUCUGUCACCAGGAUGGAUGCUACACUGUCUUCCUCCAGAAGAGAACCUUCAGGGAGGCUGGGCGGAGCUGCCGGGAGCGAGGUGGGACCUUGGCAACGAUGCAUACCCACGAGACAGCGGGCGUGGUCCAUGAGCUGCUGUCGGCCGUUGAGGCGCAGGGCACCAGGUCGAGGCUUCGGCUCUGGAUCGGGCUGCACAGACCACCACGCCAGUGUUCAACCACCCGACCGCUCAGAGGAUUCGUCUGGGUCACAGGAGACCAGGAUGGCCAGUUCACCAACUGGCUCCGUGAAGACAGCCCUGGGACUUGUGCGGCCCCUCGCUGUGUGGCCAUGACCGUCCACACGUCUGAGAGUGGACGCGAGAGCAGUGACAAUUUCCGGUGGCUCGACGGCUCCUGCGCACUGCCACUGGAUGGAUAUGUUUGCCAGUACAACUACAAAGGAAUGUGUCCACCUCUGGAAGACGAGGGUAAAGGUCCAGCUGUUUACACCACCCCAUUUCACCUCGUCAGCACCCUGCUAACUCAUGUGCCCUAUGGGUCUGUGGCUGCACUGUCCUGUCCAGCAGAUAGUUCAGAUCCAAAUGCCAAUACUGAGCAGACAGUACUGUGCAUGGAGAGAGAUGAUGAGACAGUGGGCUGGUCCAAGGAUCCCCCACUCUGCUCAUCCAGUGCAGCUCCACAGAACCAAGACUGGUGUAGUGGCGACCAUGGAUGUGAGCAUUACUGUCAGAACACAGACACAGACUACUAUUGUUACUGCUCUGAGGGUUUUAUAAUAGAUGAGGAUGGGUACAGUUGCAAACCUGACCCCCUUAGCCAAACCGACUCUCCUAAAUUAUCCUCUGACUCUGCUGGCCCCACUGAUCAGCCCCACGUCAAAGAGGCCUGUGUGGAAAUGGGAUGUGAGUACGACUGUGUAGAGACAUCUCGGGGCCUCCGUUGCAUAUGUCCCCCAGGCUACCAAAUGGGUCCAGAUGGCCGCAGAUGCUCUGAUGUAGACGAAUGUAAACAACAUCCGUGCCCCCAAAUCUGCGUCAAUAUCCCGGGCACCUUCCACUGCACCUGCCACCCUGGGUACCAGCCAGAUGACGAGGGCGAGUGUGUGGACAUCGACGAGUGCCUCGAUGAGGGUAGCUGCGAAGGCACUUGUGAGAACACAGUGGGGUCGUUCACUUGUCUGUGUAACCCUGGGUACGAGUUCAGCAGCAGUGGAGAGUGUGUAGAUGUAGACGAGUGUGUUGGGGAGUCGCCCUGCCAGCAACAGUGUCUCAACUACAUGGGAGGGUACCAGUGUUACUGUGAUAUUGGUUAUGACCUGCAGUCAGAUGGACUUUCCUGCCAGCCUUCACCUGAUGAUGAAGAAUAUUCCACUCUGACACCUGAUCACAGUGACUCAGCUCACAUACCUGACUUGGACCGUAACCAUGAUACUCCCUGGUCCACCUCAUUCACCCCAGACCCAAACUUUGAAGCUGAAACUAACUUUGAUGAUGACUGGCUGACAGAAGCACCUGGGGUCCUCCCCCCUGACAUGGCUCAUGGGUCAGAUAAUCACCUUAACCAAUGGGAUGUCCAAUCACCAAAGCGAUAUCAGACAGCUCCAUCCCCUACACAAAAAGACAGCACAGGCAAUGAAAUUGAUAAAGAGGCUGAAACCAAGGAAGGAGGUAGAGAGGCUAGUGAUGGGGCGCACGCUGAAGGGUCAGCCACUGGGACUAAGGAUGGGGGCAGAUCCAAGAUGGAUGGCACAGAAGAUGCCAGUGGCACAGAUGAGGUUGAGGCUGGAUCUGCUGCAGGCAAACGAAAGCAUGACAAGAGUUGGCUGCUGGUGGCCCUGCUGGUCCCUUUGUGUGUGUUCCUUGUAGUGAUGCUGGCUCUGGGGAUCGUCUACUGCACCAGUUGUGCUGUGGACAAGAGCCUGAGCUUCUCAGACUGCUAUCGCUGGAUACUUCCUACGAUGCCUCCUGAGAGGAGGAACGGAAAAACUCAAGCAUGAACCCUACACUAAACAAAUACAGGUGUCUGCACAUGCACACAGAUGUGCUGAACACCCAGGUUUCUGUUAACAUUUCUCUUGUGGUGCAGGACUAGUCACUGAAACUACCAUUUGGAUCUAGUACAGCUGACUGGCUCUCACAUUCAUCAAGGGAAACUUAAUACUUUCUGUUGCACACCCUUUGUAAAUAAGUCACUUUCUUAUUGUGUUUUUAGAAUUCAAUAAAACUCAAUAAACUGA